CCCUUUCAGUCGAUCUCAGUUGUCGGUGAGGCCGGCGGGGCGGAUCCCACAGAAAAUUGAAAGAGAAAAUAAAGCAACACAAUUAAAGCCAAGGCUAUUUUGACUCCAGUCGAUUAUUCAACUCCCUUGUGGACAGAUUGACCAACAAGAUGCCCUCAGCGACAAAUGGCAACAGGACUGUCAAGUCCGCGAGCCCGGACGUGGGAUCCGCUCCCGGAUCAGCGGGCCAGAUCACCAUCAAUUACCAGACAUUCGGAGGCCACACAGAAGCCAUGAAGCAGGUGUUGGGUAUUAUUGAGAAGAAAGUUCGCAAUAUGGAGAAGAAAAAGGGCAAACUUGAUGACUACCAGGCCAGGUAUAACAAAGGAGAGCGUCUCAACCAGGACCAGCUGGAAGCCCUUUCAAAGUAUCAAGAAGUGACUCAUAACCUGGAGUUUGCCCGGGAGCUGCUAAAGAACUUUCUGGCGUUGGGGCAAGAUCUCCAGAAGGCGGUGAAGAAGGCCGGUCGGCGGGAGCAGCUGCAGCGGGAUGAAGGCGAGCAGAAGCGCCUGAAGAAAGUUCUGGAGCUGCAGUUCCUUCUGGAUCGGUUAGGGGAGGAGAGUGUGAGGCAGGAGCUGCUGCAGGGGGCAGGGGGCCCUUCGCUGCUCAACGAGGGGGACCUCUCUGCUCUGGAUGAGUUCUACAAAUUGGUGGGGCCCGACCGUGACCAAAAUAUCAGGUUGACUGACCAGUAUCAAGAGGCGUCACAGCACUUAUGGGAACUCCUGGAGGGGAAGGACAAACCUGUGGCGGGAACCACAUACAAAGCCCUUAAGGACACCCUGGAGCGUGUGAUGCAGAGCGGCUAUUUUGACACGGCACAGAACCAUCAGAACGGCGUGUGUGCAGAGGAAGAGGAAGAGCAAGUGACGACGGCCGUGGAGUCGUCGGAAGCCGAGGAGCAGGCCGGCGACACGGAGGGCGAGCUGGUAGAGGACUAUGCAGAGCCCUUGGCAGUGGAGGCAACAGAGUUUGUUAACAGACAGUUCAUUCCAGAAGGCACGUACAGCAACAGCAACCAAGAGCCAGUCGAAGAAUGGAGUUCUGAAUCGGAGGCGGUGAGCUCGCUGCAACAGCAACCACCCGUUCAGACGGUCCCGUCUCCCGUGGUGAGCGAACCCCACCCGCUGACCUCGGUGACUCCAACGCCCCCCGCUGACCCUGUCCUGAGGAAGCAGGUGGUACAGGAUCUCAUGGCACAGAUGCAGGGGCCCUACAACUUCAUGCAGGACUCGAUGCUGGAGUUUGAGGGCCCACCCAUUGACCCUGCCAUCGUGUCUGCACAGCCUAUGGAGCCUGCGCGGAACAUGGACAUGCCCCCGAUGAUUUGUCCCCCGGGUCCACCAAGUCUUGCAGCUGUUCAUCCAGACACGCGCUUGGCACAGCCUAACACUGUUCCUGUACAACCCGAACCAACACCAGUCCCCAUGGUCGCCCCCUCACCAGAGGCCUUCUCUACGCCAUCCCCCAUGUACCAGCCUCCCCAUCCCGUGGACCCGCGGCCACAGCCUGAAGCUAUCGACCCCAUCCAGGCCUCCAUGUCCUUAUCGUCAGAUCAGCCCCCUCCCGCCUCUGUCCUCCCCCCGGCCUCCCAGACGCAAGUGUUCCAGCCCACCUCCAAGCCCCUACACAGCAGUGGCAUCAACGUCAACGCUGCACCAUUCCAGUCCAUGCAGACGGUGUUCAAUCUCAACGCACCUGUGCCUCCGGCCAAUGAGGCCGAUGCCCUGAAGCAGCCCAACCAGUACCCGACCAGCUACAGCCAGGGCUUCAGCAACCAGACACAGCACCCACUGGAGCAGCCAGAGAUGCAGCCGGACCAGCUGCAGUCUGGUGAGCAGGUGGUUGGAGCUUUCCACUCCCAAGACCAAUCGCUCCCCAGUGCAGGAGGCCACCAGGCCAUGUCCCAGCAGCCCGGGGGAGGCACUGGGUUCGGGCGGCCUGCCCAAUCUUUCUACAACAGCAGAGCCAUGACGCGUGGCGGGCCCAGGAACUCCCGCGGGAUGAUCAACGGUUACAGGGGACAAUCCAACGGUUUUAGAGGCGGCUAUGAUGGUUAUCGCCCUCCCUUCUCCAACACUCCAAACUCUGGCUAUGGACAGACCCAGUUUAGUGCACCACGGGACUACUCCAACAGCAACUAUCAGAGGGAUGGUUACCAACAGAGCUACAAGCGUGGGACUGGCCAGGGCCCACGUGGCUCUGCUCGUGGCAACUCCCAAGCCAUUCGAACCUGAGGACCUGGCAAACUGACCACUCGGCCCACAUUGAACAUUCAAACAAAUUGCUUUUUAUUCUGGCUCACCCUUUUUGUUUUGUUUUGUUUUUGUUUGUUUUUAUCAUCAGUGGUAUCUUCUCUCCUCCUGGCAUCUCUCUUGAGUAAGCCUGCUUUGACGGUAUUUAAGAAAAAAGAACCAUUUUAAGUCUGAACACAAGCAAAGCUGAGGAUUCUCGGCUUCAAUAUUUUAAGCCUGUGUUUGUAUCAAAUAUUCCUGUAAACUUGAAAGAUUUCAUUAAUUUAUUUUUUUGUAUAAAAUAAACGCAAAAAUACCUACCACUGCUGGUCUAAACCCUGGGAGUAAUUUUGUUUUGUUUUUUAUUUCUGUUUUUUUCCCCCGUUUUGUUCUUGCCCACAUUUUAGUUCUCAACACCAUUUGUUUUCUUUUUGGUACAUUUUAAAGAAGCUCCCAAUCUCAGUUUGUAAAUUGAUGUUGCUUCAGAAGUUUCAAUAAAGAUGUGUUGCAUUAA